AUGGAGAUUGAAGGAGAUUCAGUAAAUAUUAAAAGAUUCUUAAUGGAGAUUGGAAGAGAUUCAGAAUAUUUUGGGAAAGGGAGAUUCAGUGUAAAUGGAUUCAUAAGGAAGAUUCAAAGCAAAGGUUUCAGUGUAAGAGGAUUCAGAUGGAAGAUUCAAAGUAAAGGUUUCAGAAGGAAGAUUCAGUGUAAAAGGAUUCAGAAGGAAGAUUCAGUAAAAGAAGAUUCAGAGGGAAGAUUCAAAGUAAGAGAUUCAGAAGGAAGAUUCAAAGCAAAGGAUUCAGGGAGAAAAGAUUCAUUGUAA